AUGUUCUCUGCUAUAGUAGCUAUGGGAGAAAUGGCAUCUCAUCAUGAACCAAUUCAUGACCAUCAUGUUAUUCACUCCAUCAAUAACAAUCCGAAAUCAUCAUGGAAGGCAAAAGUCUAUGAAAAGUUUGCUAAUAUGACUGUCGGAGAGUUUAAGCAAAAAUAUUUAGGAGCAAUUCAUGAAGAAGCUAUAACACCAUCAUCAAAAUCAAGAUUUAGCAUCGUAACUGGACCACCAACUGCUUACACACCACCAACUAAUUUCGAUUCGAGACAAAAGUGGCCUCAAUGUGUGCAUACUGUGAGAAAUCAAUUGGAUUGUGGAUCUUGUUGGGCUUUUUGGAUUGAGUUCAAUGAUUUAGUUUCUGCCACGAAGGUGCUUUCAGAUAGAUUUUGCAUUGCUAGUAAUGGUUCUGUGAAUGUAAUCAUGUCUCCUCAAUAUCAAAUUGAUUGUAAUAUGGAUAAUCUUGGAUGUAGUGGAGGAAGUCUACCAAAAACAUGGAAUUUCUUGACCAAUGUUGGAUCAGUUUCUGAACAAUGUAGACCUUAUAAAAACAAUGAUGACGAUGACUGUCCAUCCAAAUGUGUCGAUGGUAAAGCUCCAUCUUUCUACAAGGCAAAAUCCUAUGCAUCCAUAAAAGGAUUAGAUAGUAUCAUGUAUGAAAUUCAAAAUUAUGGACCAGUUCAUGCAAGUUUGACAGUUUAUAAGGAUCUGAUGAGCUAUCAGUCAGGUGUCUAUUCUCAUCUUACUGGAAAUGAAAUUGGUGGCCAUGCCAUUGUCAUUAUUGGUUUUGGAAUGGAUUCACUUUCAAAGAAGCCUUAUUGGAUUAUUGCUAAUUCUUGGGGAGAAAAUGGAUCAAUUCCAACAAGUUACAAGAUUUCCAACGCACCACGUCUCAGAGAUGACCUCCAUGAUGGAUUUGGAGAUGAUUCUCAAACAAAGAAACCUUGUUGGACAGUUGCAAACUCAUGGUCUGAAAAGGAACCAAUGAGUGUGGAAUUGAAGGAAAUGCUUGGGCUCCAUCCAUCGUAA